GAAUUUCGAGGUGUACUCGAUUGAUAGAAUACGAUAGUAACAAGUUAUUACAUAAAAAAUGAAUCAGUAAGGAGCAGAAUUUAAAAAAAUUAUUGAAAAUAAAAGUAUUUUUUCAAUUUUAUACUUCGGUUUGUCGUGAAAAGCGUUUAAUUCACCAAAAGAAAUUCGCGGUUGAGACUUUUACCUAUUGCUGCUGAUUUUAGACAAAAGAUACUACGACGAUGACUUUCUAAUCAAUGGUUAUAUUUUUAUUGAUACAAUGUGUGGUAUAUUUUGUUGUAUUUCUCAACAUUCAGAAGAUAGUGUCAAACAUUCUGAUGAGUGGGACAAAUGCAAAAAUCUUAUAAUUUCCAGAGGUCCAGAUAAGUUAGUUAAGAAUUUUACAUCAUUAACUGAUAUAUGGUGCGGACAUUUCGCAGCAAGUAUACUAUGGAUGCAAGGUUUGAAGUUAGUAGAACAACCAUUAAUUGAUUCGGAUGGUAACAUUCUUUUAUGGAACGGAGAUGUUUUUUCUGGAUCUUUGGCAAAAGAUGAUAUAUGUGAUAGUAUUACUAUUUUAAAUGCAUUCAGUACAUCUCCUAAUAUUACAAAUACUCUUCAGUAUAUUCAAGGACCAUAUAGUUUUAUAUAUUUUCAAAAAUCUAGCAAAGUAUUAUAUUUUGGAAGAGAUAUUAUUGGAAGGCACAGUUUACUUCUACAGUUAAAUAAUGAAAAAAAUGCAUUAACUAUAACAUCUGUUGGUGUUAAAUAUUUGAAAAAUAUAAUGGAAGUUCCUGCAAUUGGUAUAUUUGCAAUAAAUUUAUCUGAUACAAACAUAAAUCUUACUUGUUAUCCGUGGAAAGAACCAGAUUUUAUAUUUGAAAAUAUCAUUGAAGAAUUAAGAAAUGCUUUGAACGUAAAUAUUAAUAUCAAAGAGAUAAUAACAGAACAAAAUCUGUCUAAUAAGGUAGUAAUGCAUUUACAUCCAACUAUUAAAGAUUUAGAUUAUUUAGAAAAUAACCCUUAUUUAGAAGAUUUUAAUGGAAUGAUAGAGCAUUUAUUAGAAAAUGAAAUAGUUUUGGAAAGAGUAGAAUAUUUAUCUAAACUUUUACAUAAAGCAAUUGAAAUGCGAAUAAAAACAAAACCAAAUUUUUGCAAGAACUGUAUCCUACUUGCAUUGAAAGGAGAAAAUAUUACUUGCGAUCAUGCAAAAAUAGGUAUAUUAUUCUCUGGUGGACUUGAUUCAGCUAUUUUGACAUUAAUUGCUCAUAAAUACGUAUCACAAAAUGAACCUAUUGAUCUGAUAAAUGUCGCAUUUGAGAAAACUGUUAAUACACCUCAAAAAAAUAAGCAUAUUAAAAAUACAAAUUUAUAUGCCUCACAAAUAUAUGAUGUUCCAGAUAGAAAAACAGGGAGACAGACUCUCUCUGAAAUAUUACAAAUUUGUCCGAAUAGAAAAUGGAAUUUUAUUGAGGUAAAUGUAACACAAGCAGAAUUACAGAAAUAUCGAUCUUCUCGUAUCAAUGAUUUACUUUAUCCUCUCUGUACUAUCUUAGAUGAAAGUUUAGGUUGUGCCAUGUGGUUUGCAAGUCGAGCAAAAGGCAUAAUUACAAAAACGGAUACAGAGUAUGAGUCUCCAUGUCGUGUACUUCUCCUAGGUAUAGGUGCAGAUGAAUUAUUUGGUGGAUACAUGAGACAUAGAACAAUAUUGAAACAUAAAGGCUGGAAUGCUUUAAAACAAGAGUUGAAUACUGAAUUAGCCAAAAUUUCUCAAAGAAAUUUGGGAAGAGAUAAUAGAAUUGUUUCUGAUCAUGGUAGACAAUCCAGAUUACCAUAUCUUGAUGAAAAUGUGGUACAAUAUGUUCAACAAUUGCAACCAUGGGAAAGAUGUUAUCCAACAGAAAAAAUGCCAUCUGGUUUAGGAGAUAAAUUACUGUUACGUUUAUUAGCACGUAAGCUAGGUCUUCAAAAUACUGCUACUUUUCCGAAAAGAGCUUUUCAAUUUGGAUGUCGAAUAGCUAAUAGUAAAGAAAAUGCUAAAGAUAUCUCUAAACGAUUGUAAAAUAGAUAUAACAUAAUUAAGGUAAAACGAAUAUAUUUUUACAUCAUAAAAUAAAUUGGAUAAAUAAAUAUAAAGCAAGAUUUGGUAUAAA